GCUACGGAGCUGGGUUCUUCGGGUGAUGGUGAGCCCGCCGAUUGAGUGGAUUUGCGCAGUCUCGGUGUCAAGGGCGGCACUGCCAAAGGAAAGUGCUCCGCGCAUCUGACACAAGAAAUGCUCUUCAACCUGCACCUGAGCAGGAGCUCUAGUUUGAGUCAGGCUCUGAGAGACGCGUGCGCCCUGCCGCUAGAAGACAUCGAGGACAUGAUCCAGCAAUGGAACUCCGCCGCGAUGCUGGAGGAAAUCCUCGGACAGUACGGCAUGCGCUUUAAAAAGCGACAGGUAGUGAUGGCAUUAUAUCAGUUGGGGCUUUGUCGGCAGCACGACAAUAAGCAGGGCAACCUGCAGGCCGACAAAGUUCAGUGGGCUUUGGCUGCGCUGGAAGAGGUGGAAACGCAUCCUUGUGCGCACCAGUAUGCCUUCCAGUUGGGUCAGCGAGCGAAAAAGAGGUAUAUGGAUUUUUCACCCUCACACAGUCUGUUUGGGUGAAAAAUCCAAAUGGCCACCUUCGUCUCUUCCCUCUCCAGGCUGGUGCAACAGCCCAGCGAUUAUGAUUUUGUUUGUCAGGACUGCGGCAGAUUCCAU